GAUGGUAACAGGUCAGAUCUAGAUUCUACUAAUAAGUCUGUACGUAUAUUUCGUCUUAAGCAGAAUAUUCGGAGUGUCUCUAAUAUUACCAAUGAGUCUCUUCAUGUGUUGUCAAUGCUAAGUCUAGAAAGCGGAAACGAUAAAAUUUCGAUAAGUAGUGAACAUUUGAACGAUUCAAUAACUUCUGCAACCAAUAAACAUGACAAAAGUGUACUGAGUGAUAUAGUAAUCAUUGAGACUGACGAUCAUUUCGUAUCUGCAAGUACGCAAGACAAAAAAAUCGGGAGUCCCAGUGACCCUGUUAUCAACAAUUUAACCCAGCGUACUCCUACUUAUACCAAAAUCAAUUCAAGUGAAGAAUUGGAAUUUUUCUCUGCACCACAAAUAAUUGACAAAGAUUCAAAUGAUUGUCACGAACUGGUUAGAAUAAAAACUGAUGGUAAAAAGAAGAUAAUCAAUAAUCCAUGUCAAAGAUUAGAUAGUCAAAAUUCAAUACAGACGACUAGUUUGACAUCAUCACAAUUAGUUCAUAAUGGAAGUAUUAUUGAAAUGGAACAAGACAUGUACAAUUCCGAGGCAGAGGACUGCACUCUUGCCAAUAUUGACACGACAGGGAGUCAAAAAAUGACAGAUGAGGAAAUAAAAAGAUAUAAAUUCGUUAACCCAGAAUCAAUUUCAAGUAUUGAAAUUUUAAAUGUAUCUAAUAAUAAAAACAAAUUAUCUGAUAAAAAGAACGUGUCAGAUGAAGUGAAUUGUUCACUUUCUGUGGACCAAGAUAAUCCUGUUAGCGAACUUAUCGAAUCAAAUAAAAAGGAGGUAAAAGCAAAACGAAAGGGAGUGAAGAAAGAAUUGAAUCUUGAAAAUGUAAAGAAUAAUCUGAAUUCUUCACUUCAUAUGAAUCAACAUAGCACAGGGAAUGUAUCAGAUAUAAAUGCCAAACCAGAAAAAAAUAUAUUAAAAGAAAUUAAGUAUAUAAAAGAAAAAUCACGAACUGUAAUUAAUCAAGAUAACUCAGUAAAUGUAAUCGCUGAAGAAAUAGAUAAUUCCUCUGUUUCUGUAAACCAGGGCAACCCAGACAGUAUAUACAAUGAAUCUAACAAAAUCAUCAACUUAAAAUCGGCAAAGGAGGAAUCACAAACUGAGACUACAUUAGAUAACUUACCUACUGUAUUAUCUGUGACCCAAGAAUACUCAGUUAGUGUACUUGCCGAAUCUGAUAAAGGCAACGUAAAAUCAAAUGAAGAAUCACAAAUUGAGAACAUCUCAGUGAAUCAAGACAGUUCAGCAAGUGCACAUAGUGAAUUAGACAAAAAUAUCCGAAACUCCGAAAAGGAGAGUGUUUUCAUUGAAUCUGAGAAAAUUAAGUCUAAAUCAAAAGGAAUAGAAUUAAAUGAAGAAAUUGAGUUUGAAUCAGAUUGUUCCCAUUUAGUGAAGCAAGAAAAAUCAACAAACGAAGAGAAUAUUAUUUUUCAAAAUAAUGCAAUUAAAUCUACAUCCAAAAAAAUGGUAUCAGAGAAAAAUACACAAAUUGAAAUUAUAUCAGAAAAUUUACAUUCUUCAUUUUCUGAGGCCCAAGAGAACUCUGCUAGUGUGCUUACCAAAUCUGAUAAAAAGAAGCUUAAAUCAAAAAGAAAGGGAUUAAAAAAAGAAUCACAAAUUGAAAAUGUAUCAGAUAACGUGAAAUCCCAAAUUAACCCUAAAUUGGAUAAUAUAGAUAUAAAGGAAAAAUCACAAACUGAGACUACAUCCGAUAACUUACAUUCCUCAUUUUCUGUAUCCCAAGAAAAUUCGGUUAGUGUAUUCAAUGAAUUUGAUAAGAAGAAGCUCAAAUCAAAAAGAAAAGGAUUAAAGAAAGAAUUACAAAUUGAAAAUGUGUCAGCUAACUUGAAAUUCUCACUUUCUGAGAAUCAAGAACAAAGAAUAUUAACAGAAGAUUCACAAAAAGAGUCUGUUCACACUGAAUCUGAGAAAAUUAAACCUAAAUCAAAGAGAGCAGAGUUAAACGAAGAAACUCAUAAUGUAUCAGAGACUUAUCAUUUAGUGAAUGAGAACAAUUCAACAAAUGUACUCAUCCAAAAUGACAAAAUUAAAUCUCAAUCGGAAAUAAUAGUACCAACGAAAAAUACACAACUUGAAACUACAUUAGGUAACUUAGAAAAAAAGAUAUUAAAAGAAAAAUCUGAUAAAAUUAAACCUAAAUCGAAAAGAAGAAAAUUCAGGGAAGAAAUAGAUGUGCCAAAUUUUGUGAACGAGGAUAACUCGGCCAGUAUACAUGUGAAUUCUGACAAAAUUAACUGCAAAUCGGAAAAAAUGGAUGUAAAGGAAAAAUCACAAACGGAAACUACAAUUGAUAAUUUACAUUCCUCAUUUUCUGUGACCCAAGAGAACUCCGCUAGUGUACUCACCGAUUCGAGUAGAAAGCCAGAAGCAAGAAGAAAAAGAUUAAAGAAAGAAUCACAAAUUAUCAACCAGGACAAUUCAGCAAAUGUAGCUAAUGACAAAAUGAAAUCUAAAUCUAAAAAAGUGGUAUCAAAUGAAAAUACACAAACUGAAGCUCAAUCAGAUAAUUUACAUUCUUUAUUUUCUGUGGCCCAAGAGGACUCUGAUAGGGUUCUUACCGAAUCUGACAAAAUUAAUCGUAAAUCGAAAAAAAUUGGUAUAAAAGAAAAAUCACAAACUGAGAGUCCAUCAGGUAACUCGGAAUCGACUAAAAAGAAGCUAAAAUCAAAAAGAAGACAACUAAAGGAAGAAGUACAAAAUACAGAUAGUUUUGAUUCAGUAAACCAGGAUAAUUCAGUGACUAAUGAUAUAAUGAUAUCUAAAUCUAAAAAAGUUGUAUUAAAUGAAAAUACACAAAGUGAAGGUGUAUCAGAUAAUUUACAUUCUUCAUUUUCUGUGGCCCAUGAGAACUCUGUUAGGGUUCUUACCGAAUCUGACAAAAUUAAUCGUAAAUCGAAAAAAAUUGGUAUAAAAGAAAAAUCACAAACUGAGAGUCCAUCAGAUAACUCGGAAUCGACUAAAAAGAAGAUAAAAACAAAAAGAAGGCAAGAAAAGGAAGAAGUACUAAAUACAGAUAGUUUUCAUUCAGUAAACCAGGAUAAUUCAGUGACUAAUGAUAUAAUGAUAUCUAAAUCUAAAAAAGUUGUAUCAAAAGAAAAUACACAAAUUGAAACUGUAUCAGAUAAUUUACAUUCUUCAUUUUCUGUGACCCAAGAGAACUCUGUUAUUGUUCUUACCGAAUCUGACAAAAUUAAUCGUAAAUCGAAAAAAAUUGGUAUAAAAGAAAAAUCACAAACUGAGAGUCCAUCAGAUAACUCGGAAUCGACUAAAAAGAAGCUAAAAUCAAAAAGAAGACAAUUAAAGGAAGAAGUACAAAAUACAGAUAGUUUUCAUUCAGUAAACCAGGAUAAUUCAGUGACUAAUGAUAUAAUAAUAUCUAAAUCUAAAAGAGUUGUAUCAAAAGAAAAUACACAAAUUGAAGCUGCAUCAGAUAAUUUAUAUUCUUCAUUUUCUGUGACCCAAGAGAACUCUGUUAGGGUUCUUACCGAAUCUGACAAAAUUAAUCGUAAAUCGAAAAAAAAUGGUAUAAAAGAAAAAUCACAAAUUGAGAGUACAUCUGAUAACUCAUAUGCUUUAGUUUCUGUGACCCUAGAAAACUCCGAAUUUGCUAAAAAGAAGCCAAAAUCAAAAAUAAAAGGAUUAAAAAAAGAGUUACAAAUUGAAGAUAUGUCAGAAAAUUUGAAUUUCUCACAUUCAGUGAAUCAACGUAGUUCAGUAAAUACACUAGCUGAAUCAGACAAAAAUAUCAGCAAAUCGGAAAAUGAAGAAUCCCGAAUAGAGAUUGCUCGUACUGAAUCUAAUAAAUUUAAUAUUAUGUCAAAAAAAGGGGAAUUAAAGGAAACCACUGAAUAUGUGUCUGAGAGUUUUCAUUCAGUGAAUCAGGAUAGUCCUGCAAAUGUAUCCAGCAAAUCUGACAAGCUUCAAUCCAAAUCGAAAACAACAGAAUCAAAGGAAAAAUCGCAAUUGGAAAACAUAUCAGAUAGCUUAAACAGUUUUCAUUCUGUAUACCACCACACCGAAUUUGAUAAAAAGGAGCUGAAGUCAAAAAGGAAGAGAUUGCAGAAAGAAUCGCAAAUUGAGGAAGUGUCAGAUAACUUGAGUUCCUCACAUUCAAUAAAUAUACUAGUUGACUCAGACCAACAUAUUCCAAAAUCGAAAAAAGGGAACAUAUUUAUCGAACAUGAAAUUAAGCAUAAGUUAAAAAAUAUAAAAUUAGAGAAAGUUUCUGAUGAAGAGUCAGAUAGUAAUUCAGCGAGUUUAACGGAAUUACCCAAAGAAUCUGCUAAAAUUAGAGCUAAAUCAAAAAAAAUGGUAAUAAAGGAAAAGUCACAAUCUAAAAACUUAUCCGCAAGCUUAAGUACACCAUCCUCUGUAUACCACAGUGCUAAUGUUCCUAGCGAAUCUGAUAAAAGGUUAAAAUCGAAGAAUAUUGAGUUACAGAAUGAAUCGCAAAUUGAUAAUGUGUCAGAUAACAUCAGUUCCUCACAUUCAGCGGAUCAAAACAGUUCAGUAUAUGCACUAGAUAUAUCAGACAAAAAUAUCCGAGAAGCGGAAAAAAGGGAUGAAUCAAAAAAAGAAGAGAACAACAUAUCUACCGCAUAUGAUACAAUUAAGCGUAAAAUAAAAAAUAUAAAAUUAGAAAUAGUAAGUGAUGAAGAGUCAGAUAGUAUUAAUACUAUGAACCAGAAUAAUUCAGUGAGUGUAACGGAAUUAUCCAAGGAAUCUGUCAAAAUUAAACCUAAAUCGAAAAAAAAGGUAUCGAAUGAAAAAUUACAAUUUGAAAACAAAUCAGAUAGCUUAAGUACAUCUUCUGCAUACCACACUGCCAAUGUACUUAGCGAAUCUGAUAAGAAAGAGCUGAAAUCAAAAAUAAUGGAAUUACAAGAGGAAUCGCAAAUUGAGAAUGUGUUAAAUAACAUAAAUUCUGUGAUCCAGGACUGCUCUGAGAAAACACCCAUCGAGUCCAACAAAAAUAUUCAAAAAUCUAAAAAGAAGGUAUUAUACGAAGAAUCAAAAAAACCGAACGACAAAAUUGAGCAUAAAUUAAAAAAUAUAAAAUUAGAGAAAGAGUUUGAUAAGGUGUCAGAUAGUUUUUAUUCCGCGAACCAGGACAAUUCAUUCAGUGUACCGACAAUACCCAAAGAAUCUGAAAAAAUUAAGUCUAAAUCGAUUAAAAUGGUAGCAAGGAAAAAAUCACAAUCAGAGAACGUAAAUGGUUUCACUGAAUCUGAUAAUAAGAAGCUAAAAUCAAAAAGAAAUGGAUUAAACAUAGAAACGCAAACUGAGGAUGUGCCAGAUUUAAAAUCUUCACUUAUUGUAAAUCAGAAGAGUUCAGAUAAAGUACUUAUAGAAUCUAACCAAAAUGUGCCUAAACGGAAAACGAGGAUAUUAUACGAUGAACAUCAAAGUAUGAACAUUCUUACCGAAUCUAACAAAAUUAAGCCUGUGUCAACAAGAAGAAAAGUAGAAGAUGAAAUUAACAAUAUGUCAAACAGUUUUUAUUCUGCAAAAGAAUCUGAUGGAAAGAAGCCGAAAUCAAAAAGAAGAGAUUUGAAGAGGGAAUGGGAAAUUGAGAAUACUCCACACUCCGAAAACCAGGACAGGUUAGAACCUAAUAAAACUCGGACUAAAACAAAAGUAAUAAAGUCAGAGGACGGAUCACAAAUUGAGAAUGUGUCGGGGAGUUUCCAUUUUUCACUACCUGUUAACCUGGAUAAUUCAUCAAUUGUGCACAAUGAUAAAAAUAAACCCAAAGCAAUGAACCAAGUAUUAAAAGAAGAAUCCGAAAUUCAGGUUAUAUCGGACAGUCCGUAUUCUACACGUUCUAAGAAAAAAACAACACAAGAAAACAAAAAGAAUGGCGAUUCUAAAUGUCAAAUAUUUUUCAAGGAAAACAGAUCCCAAGAAAUAAAAAUUGCAGAAGAACAUGGUAAAACUGAAUCAAACACAGUAAGUGGUUUAGUGAUCCAAACAGACAGCGUUGUGAACCAAAUAAAUUCUAAAAAUAUUAUGGAACAUCAAGACGACAAUAAACAAAUUGUGAGUAACAAAUUUGUAACACAAAUUAAAAACUGUAUAACACAAUCGUUGGCCGAUGAAACAAAAAUGAAGAAGCAUCAUUUUGAAGACAAAAUUCAUUCAUCUGCUAACUCGUUGUCCAAUAUUGACGUACCCAUCGAAAAUAUCAAGUCACAGUCUACAAAAUUGUCUGAACUAAAUAUAAACUCUGUAAUUAAUGUUCAACAAGAUUCAGUCACGGUAAUGGAUGAAUUACCACAUGAUAACAAUAAUACUUAUAAUAGUACCCAAGAACAUCAAGGCAGUCAAACAAGACAUUCAAAAAUUAAAAUUCUUCAGAAUAUAGUACUAAAUAAUUCUAGCAGUCCAUUGAAGGCUAACGUAUCAAAUGUAAACAAUUCGAUAGAACCAACAUUACAAAAGGUUAGAUCUAAUAUUGAUACCAUUCUUUCAUCCAUAUAUUCAAAUGAGCUUUUAAGCAAGUCAAAUGUUGAUAUAAAUCUUAGUCCCAUUCCUCCUAAAAAUUCCCAGUCAUUUAAACUAGAAAUCAACCAGAGUGAUAUUUCCAUGGCAACUAAAAAAAAGCAUACUAGUGAAUUUGUUGAUGGAAAAAUAAAUGACAUUCGUCCCGUCAAUAAUCGAAUUGACAAAGAAUUAGUUAUUUAUUUAAAUAGAAUUAAUUUGCCAGAAAAAAGUGUGCCUAAUGAACAAACUGAAAACGUAAACAAAGAAACCAGCAUUACUAAUGUAAUUAACUUUAAAUCACUUGAAUGUAAUAAGUUGUUUAAUCAAAAUAAGAGUAGUUCGAGGCAACAAUCAAACUCGCAAACAAAUGAACAUGUUCAAACAAACAAAACAGGUAGAUCUGAAAUACGUAGCAUCAGUUCUAUGCCCAGUAAACAUAAUGGUUGUGUAGCAAGAAAACUUUUCGUAUCAAAACCUCAAGAUACAACAUUGUCGAUGAAUAUUAACCAGGGUCAAGAAGAAAUUAUGCAACAAAAAAGUCGUAUGGGUACAGACAAAAGAAGAAGGCGGUUGUAUGAUUCCAAUGAUUUGUUUCACAAUACUCUUUUAGAAAUAGACGGAAGCCCAUCAGCAACAUCUGAAGAACGUCUACCAAAUGAAAGAAGUCAACAUGAUUCUACUAAACCUAAUCAAAUCAAUUUAAAAGUUGGUCAAAAAGAUAUUAAAUUAAAAUCUUACGUCACCACUGAUGAUUUGAUUACCUCUUUUGCUUCAUGUGACUUGCAAACGGUGAAAGAGAACGAAACUUGGGGUACGACUGUUGCAAAGGUUUUGACACCUAUUAAAACUGCUAGUAAUCUGAAAGGUGCAGGCACCAAAGAAAAAGACACCAGACAACGCAGAAAUGCCAAUUCUAAAAUAAAUGAGUACAUUGAUUUAAAUCAGAAUAUUGAACUGUUUCAUGAUGAUGUGCAAAUUGUCACUGAAUCGGUGGCGAAAUCUAAUGAAUUUAAAACCCCCACAAUGAAGGACAGAGAAAAAAGGUUAAAUGAUCUGGAAAUUAAGAACAAAAGAAACAAAAAUAUUGUAAGUAAUUCUGCACAGUUUCUCGAUCGUCCUAGAAGCGUAACGCGAAAGAAUGGCAGAUGUGAAUCUACGAUAAUAACUGACGGAAAACCUCGUACAUCCAAACGGGAAAAUACUAAAACAAAAGGAUACGAAUUAAAAGAAUAUACAAAUGACAAAAAUAGUGUUUGUCGGAUAACGUUUACUGACUUAUAUAAAAAUUUUAAAAACGUGGCCAAAGUUGUCAAUGAAGAUACAUUUACGAACCCAUCAUCAAAGAAAGGAACCAAAAAGGAUAAAAUGCCUUCCAAGCGAAAAGUAUCCGACCAAGUAGAUGGGCAUGCUUUAGAUAGGAAAAGGCUUUGCAAAACUAAUGAAAAAAUAGGUAAGCCAACGCAUCCGAAUAUGUCACUUGAUGAAAUUGUGACUCUGGGACCAACAUCCAGUCCCAGCCAUCAGCAAGAAGAAACAGAAUCACACAUUGAAAUAAAAAGUAGUAGCCCGGAAUGGGUAGACUUUGAAAGAACAUUAUUGUCAAGAAGCAAAAGAAGGUACGAGGAAGACGAUGUUAUUGACUGUACUAGACCUAAUAAAAGACAUCGAAUGGAUAAAAGAUCUACAACAUCUAGAGGAAAUCCGGAGAACACUUCGUGGGGGAUGUCCCUAAAAGAAUUUAAGAAAUUUGCAAAAAUGAUGGCCAACUGCUAUCUCCAAGAUUCAAGUGUGAAGUUAUCUAAAACGGAUGUUAAAACGAUGCAACAAAUAGAAGGGUGGAAUUAAAACAAUCGUUCUGUUAAAAUACUAUUUGUUAGAAUUAAUGUAGUUAUAGUUUAUAGUUUCUUUGUUUGCAGUUAAUAAGUUAUUAAAUAAGUUAAUUAAUGUUAAUUAUAAAUUAAAUAAAUUAAUAUCAUUCAA